AUGGGAAAGACAGCGUAUGAUAUCGAGACCUACAGAUCAUCUCACGCUGUAGUAAUUGUAUUUGGGAUUGUCGGUAAUAUUUUGGUUGUCGUCUCCAUACUAAGACAAAAGAAAGUGUUGAAGAAUAACUACUACUUUCUUGUUGUACAUCUUGCAAUAUGUGAUCUGGGGGCACUGAUCAUUUUCGUUUUCCAUCAUGUCAACUGGUAUUUGGUCGAAGAUCACCUCGUUUAUUCCACCAAGUAUUGUGCUUUCAUUUGUAUAAGUUAUUUCUUUCAAGCCGCAGGACCAGGUAUGAUGUUGAUCAUUUCAUUGCUUCGUUAUCGUGCUACUGUACAUCCCUUAAAACCUGCCAUCAGUCGACAGAAAUUGAAAGUCGUUUGUGGUUUGGUGUAUCUUGGUUCCUUGAUUGCAGGUUAUGGAGUGUUUCUGCCGCAAUGCUUUUUGCAGAACGACUCCUAUUUCAAAUUUCGUUAUUUUCGUCAUGCGUGCACAACAUUCUUCCUUAUCGUGACAACAAUAUUUAUGGCUGUAGUUUAUUAUAAAAUAGGUCAAGCACUGAUGAAACAAAACAAAUACAUGAAACGCGUAUGUUCAAAUCCAGUGAGACGAAGUGCGCCUAGCUCGUCUUUCAAAAUCCUCAAAUUUAUCCGAAAUCGACGAACUUUUUUGGUUUGUCUCAUUACCGUCCUAUGUUUUGUAACUGGACAUAUUCCUAUGUCAGUGUGGUAUAUUUUGUGCAUCGCUAAAGAAAGUCAUUUCCUCAUGGAAAACGCUUGGAUUGCGCGUUUGGGAAAUGUUCUGUUAGUUGUUGGUGUGCAUUCAGUAAAUCCUCUCAUAUAUGGAAUAUUAGACAAAAGGUUGCUCACAUUUUGGAAAUUUUGCCGCAAGAAGAAACAGAGACCACAAGGAAACUGA